CGGUUUGCGACUGUUGCGGCCUGCCGUCCGGGACAACUCCUUGGCUGAUAGUACGACCACAUACAACCCAUGAUCGAUCACCAUGGAUUGCUCACCUCGAAGCACUUUCCGUCUGCGACGUUGCAGAGAGAAAGGACUGUGGCAAGAGCGAGAUUAUCUGGGAGCCUUCGCCCUUGAGGGGCCCCGACGAGUCCAGCCCCGUCAACAAGCUCUUGUGGUAGGCUAUCGAGGUUUGGUACGCGCUACCUCCAGUGGACCUCAGGAAGGUCAAGUGUGAGGUAGAAGCUGGGUACAAACGUCUCGUCUCCGACGGGACUCUCCAGGAUUGCACAUCUUCCCCCAAGACUGAUCCAAAGACAAAUACAAUGCUCAGCUACUCGAGUGUCGAGAUUCUGACCGCCCGGAGAAAAGUGCUCGAGACGAAGCUUCGCAUCCUGAAGUUCAAGAAGGCAAAGCUCCGCUGUAUCACCAAAGAAACAAGGUUUCGUAGAGCUUCGGCAAUUCCGGAUCAUUUGUGGAAGAUGCAACAACUCACGAUUCUAAAUCGACGGCUUGCUACGAUGGUAAACCAAGCCCUCGACUGUGCCAGGUCUAGGAAUUACUCCCUCUCCGUUCAUUCGUAUCGACGAAAGCUGCCGCUCAAGGGCCUGUUCCGGUCGUUCGUGCCCCACGGUAGUACCCUCCCAACCUCUAGGCACAGUCAGGAUCAGGACUGGAAACAGACUGUUCGUAUUGGCACGAAGGUUGCCAUCCUGUUUCUGGGAGAUUUGUGCGACUGCUUGGAAUCAGAAUUGCGUUCUGCGGGAUAUUGGGUCGUCUCGGCAAACAGAUUCGGCAGAGUGGAGUGUCGUUGUGAAGGAACUCGUCUUCUGUUUCUGCGUUGUUACUGCCCUCUCUACUUCUGCGCGAGAGUAGUGCACCAACGCACGAACCCAUUUACUGUUUCAUUAAUCGUACACUACGCUGUAGGAGAGGUAAUAAUUCAUCAACGCCACAUUUCGUCACUAUGUGGUUUGUUUUUUGGAUCCACAUUUUCAUUGUCGAGUCGGUGCAUACUUGAAAAAAGACAAGGUCCCAACCGUCACGUAUGUCGAAUGAAUAAUUUAGCGCUCCCACUCAGCAAGCUACGCUGCUCUAACCAUGGUUGUAUUCAUCUCAUUGGAUUCCACUUCUGUCGUAAAUAUCACUUGCUAGUGCCGCACCGUCUUUUUUGACAGAAUCUUGUUAAACACUUCCGCGUCUUCUUGUUAAGAACAACACUGAUUUGCUGUAUCGACUACUCUUGAGUGCUAACCAUAGUGCAACAUAGCUCGCGUUGGAGUCAGACCAGAACAAUUCAGGCAGACAAGGCCAUCCCGACUAGCCUCUGUGAAUCAGCAUGCCUCCACUAGUUGAGGCUCUUCUACCACACCUGUUA